AUGGCUCAACCAAUUGCUCUUGAUGACUUAACUGUCAACAACAAAGAAGUUCUUCGUAAAAUCAACGAAGUUGUCCUACCGACAAGAUAUCCAGAUGAAUUUUAUUCAAAAGCUUUACAAUCCGGUGAACUUGUUAAACUUGGUGAUGAAAUCCCAGUUGGUGCUGUCAAGGCUAAACUAAUUGUUCCACAACAUCAUUCAGUUCCAACUUCAAUUUAUAUUGAAUCAAUAGCAGUUUUAGAACCAUAUAGAAAUUUUGGUAUUGGUAAGAAAUUUAUACAACAUUUAGAAGAACAAGCUAAAAUAUCUUAUAUACAUGAAAUUACUGCGCAUAUUUGGAUUAAACAACCUGAAAUAUUAGAAUGGUAUCAAAAACAAGGUUUUGAAAUUAAAGGUGAAGUUGAAAAUUACUAUAAAGAUCAAAAAUUAGAUGAACCUACUGCAAUUGCAAUUAGUAAGAAAUUUUAA